AGCUCCGAUGUCCCUCACAUCACCAUCAUCUCCUUCCCUCACUCACCUCCCCUGGUGCUUCAGGGUUCCCCUUCUCCUUAAACAAGAUGUCUCACCAGAAAAAACAGCCCACUCCCUGUCCUCCCGUGGGUUGUGGAAAGACCUCCGGUGGCGGCGGUGGUGGUGGUGGUGGCGGCGGCGGCGGCGGCGGCUGUGGCUACUAUAGCGGUGGUAGCGGCGGUGGCUCCAGCUGUGGAGGUGGCUCAUCUGGAGGCGGCUCCAGCUGCGGAGGCGGAGGCGGUGGCUCCUACGGAGGCGGUUCCAGCUGUGGCGGCGGAGGCGGCUCCGGUGGGGGGGUCAAGUACUCCGGAGGCGGUGGCUCCAGCUGCGGCGGCGGCUACUCUGGCGGCGGUGGCUACUCCGGCGGCGGUGGUUCCAGCUGUGGCGGCGGCAGCUACUCCGGAGGCGGCGGCGGCUCCAGCUGCGGCGGCGGCUCCUCCGGUGGCGGCUCUAGCUGUGGAGGCGGUGGCGGCUCCGGCGGGGGUGUGAAGUACUCCGGUGGCGGCGGCGGCGGCUCCAGCUGCGGAGGCGGCUACUCAGGCGGGGGCGGCGGCUCCAGCUGCGGAGGUGGAUCAGGUGGCGGCGGCUCCUACUGCGGAGGCUCCUCCGGUGGCGGCGGCGGUGGCUGCGGCGGUGGCUCCGGAGGGGGCAAGUACUCCGGUGGCGGCGGCGGCUCCAGCUGCGGCGGCGGCUACUCCGGCGGCGGCUCCAGCUGCGGCGGCGGCGGCUACUCCGGAGGUGGUGGAUCCAGCUGCGGCGGCGGCUACUCCGGCGGCGGCGGCAGCAGUUGCGGAGGUGGCGGCGGCGGCUCUUCCGGGUCGGCGCAACAGUAUCAGAGCCAGAGCUACGGAGGCGGCUCUAGCGGGGGCUCCGGCUGCGGAGGCGGCUACUCCGGUGGCGGUGGCGGCGGCUCCAGCUGCGGCGGCGGCGGCUAUUCCGGUGGCGGCUCCAGCUGCGGUGGUGGCUCCUCCGGUGGCGGCGGCAGCUGCGGAGGCGGCAGCUAUUCCGGUGGUGGAGGCGGCAGCUGCGGUGGCGGCUCCUCCGGUGGCGGCGGGGGCUACUACUCGUCGCAGCAGACCACCCAGACCUCCUGCGCUCCCCAGCAGAGCUACGGAGGGGGCUCUUCAGGCGGAGGUGGUAGCUGCGGAGGGGGCUCUUCUGGCGGCGGCGGCGGCGGCGGCUGCUACUCCAGCGGCGGCGGCUGCGGUGGAGGCUACUCCGGUGGCGGCGGUGGCUGUGGCGGCGGCUCCUCCGGGGGUGGCGGCGGUGGCUGCGGAGGCGGUUACUCCGGGGGCGGCGGCGGCUCUAGCUGCGGCGGCGGCUCCUCUGGGGGCGGCUCUGGAGGUGGCAAGGGCGUCCCAGUCUGCCACCAGACCCAGCAGAAGCAGGCGCCUACCUGGCCAUGCAAGUAAGGUCCUCAGGAUGCCACGGAGACAAAGGAGCUGGAGGUGUUUUCCGUGGGCGCCGACAGGCUUAACUUUCUCAUGAGAUUGCCGAAGGUUUCCAGACCCUUCACAUCGUAACACUACCCCUUGCCCCAGAAGAAACCAGAAGUCGUUCAAGCUGCUCCAUCUUGUUCUGCAGAUUUUCCGCUUGGUUUCUGAAUGGCUACCUCCCAACUCCAGUGCCUCAGUCAAUAAAUUUGCAAUUCAUGAGAA